GCGACAUUGCAGAGCGCUUUUGUGAAACUAAAGGAAGAGGACGCUAGAGAUGAGCAUUAAGAAGGCAGGAGGGGCGAGAAUUAGACGUGUCUUUCUCCAACAGGGUUCCGACUAAAUGCUGGGGUCUUAGCACACGACGAAGAGCCAGGCUUUGGGAUUGGAUAGCGACCAUAUAGCGUAACAGCACCCCCCGCCCCCCAUCAUCAUCUCCUCUGUUGAGAAUUGCGUUAAAAAAGGAAAGGCCUGAGCUUUGUCAACAUUACGGGAUUAAUAUAUUUUUUUAUUUUUUUGAUUUUGUCCCCCCCUCCUUUAGAUUAAGAGGAACGGUUGCAGACUGGUGUAUGUGUUUAGAAUGGGACACACUGAAGGUCCAGUCAAAGAAAAAGACAGUUAAGGAUGCAGGAGCCCAACAAUGGAUUUCUCCUUCUCUUUCAUGCAAGGGAUCAUGGGAAAUACAAUUCAGCAACCCCCUCAGCUCAUUGACUCAGCCAACAUCAGACAGGACGGCUCCUGCGACACCGGCAGUGACCCGGGUGAGGAUAGCGGUCCCUCUUACGAUGCUGCCCUGGAUGCAGAGUUCUCUUACCCGCCGUCAGCCUCGGAGGACAUGCCACAGGUCCCUAACGGCUACCCCCCGGGUCUGGGCCUGUACGAGCCCCAGGCCAAGUUCUCCAUGUACUCACAGUUCCCCAACGGCUCGGCUAACGGUUACGGCACCAUACGGAGCUACGGGGACCACGGCCUCCUGCCGGGGGAGGGAACUGUCCUGAGAGGACCUGGCCUCCAUGAGAGACCUCUGUCCCCCGUGUCUCCACCGCUGUCGGUACAUCACCCGCACCUCCACCACCCCCAUCACCAUCACCACCACCACGCACACCCCUUCCACUCA